CCUUUGUUCAUUUCCAGUCAAGGAAGGGGCCUGGGGCCUGCUCCUGCAGUCCGUGGGACUUUUGCCUAAAGAUGAGGCCUCCUAUUCCAACAGGGAAUUAUAUGACUUCCUGCCGUAAUGCAAUCCAGGAUCUAAGGGUCUGGAGGGGCCAGCGCACUGCAAUCUUCGUGGUUCUCUUUGCUUUGAUCAUGCUGCUGAUCAUCUACAGCUCGAACAGUGGGAACGAAGUUUUUCACUACACUGCCCUGCGAGGGAAAUCCCACCAUCCCCCCAACCUCAAGAAAUGGGGGGUGAAAAGUGGAUACCUCCCCGUCUACGGAAACAAGUCCCUGAAUUCCCAUUGCCACCAGUGUGUGAUCAUCACCAGCUCCAGCCACCUGCUGGGGAGCAAACUGGGCUCGGAGAUCGACCAAUCGGAGUGCGUCCUCCGCAUGAACGACGCCCCCACCACCGGCUAUGAGGCAGACGUGGGCAACAAGACCACGGUCCGGGUGGUGGCUCACUCCAGCGUCUACAGGGUGCUGAAGAAGCCGCAGGAGUUUGUCAACAAGACCCCGGAGACCAUCCUCAUCUUCUGGGGGCCGCCCAGCAAGAUGCAGAAGAGCUUGCUCAAGAUCCUCCAGCACGUCAGCAUGUCCUUCCCCAACAUGUCGGCCUACGUGGUCUCCCCCGGGCGCAUGAAGCAGUUUGAUGACUUGUUCCGGGGAGAGACCGGGAAGGACAGGGAGAAGUCCCGGUCUUGGCUGAGCACAGGCUGGUUCACCAUGGUGAUCGCCGUGGAGCUGUGUGACAAGGUGCAUGUUUACGGGAUGGUCCCUCCUAACUACUGCAGCAGGAGACCUCAGCCUGGCAAGAUGGCAUAUCACUACUACGAGCCCAAGGGCCCGGACGAGUGCACCACCUACAUCCACAAUGAGCGCAGCCACAAGGGCAACCACCACCGCUUCAUCACGGAGAAACGGGUCUUUGCCAGCUGGGCCAGCCUCUACAACAUCACCUUCUCCCACCCGGCCUGGGACUAGGGGCUCCCCGAGGAGACAUGGAGCCAUUCAAGUGCCCAACCCAGCAGCUGGUGCCAGUAGUGGGAUAACUCCACCUGCAAGGGAAAACAUCUCUUGGAUUAACCCUGUGAGCCAUGCUGGGCUCCGAGGGAGGAGGCCCCGCACCAGAGGCUGCCCCGGUUCACUGUCCAGGGCCAGAAGGACUGGGUGAGGGGAGGAAGGGACUGGGAUGGCGCCAGUGACCUGACUUGCAGUCCCAAGGCCCAGGGAGUGCUGCUACGCACCGGGCACUGCUGGAUUCAUGGUGUCCCCUUCCCCUGCACAGGCCACACACACAGUGCACAUCGCUGGCUCCCUGCUUUGAGGUCACCUCACUCCCCCGCCGGCGAUCAGCUCAGAGGCCCAAGAGUGAGUGGGAACAAUCCCUGGCUGCCCAGAUGGAACAGCUGACCCCUUCUUAGUGCUCUGGGUGGCGGUUCUGGUCUCGCCUCUCUUGGCUUCUGGAGAAUGUAUUUCCGAGGUGGGAGGACUGUAACCCUCUCAGCUCUGCUAGGCUCAGUUCGAUACUGAGGCUGUAUUGACUGUACAGUGCAACCCUGCCCCAGGCAGCCUCUGCCUUGGAAAACUGCCGCCUGCGUCUCCAGGUUUCCAGUGAGGCCUAUAAGAGACCAGCCUCAGGGGCGUAGACUUCUCAGGUGGGUCUGAGGCAGGGCUCGGGAGGGGGAAUGAGACCCAUUUAAACAGGCUGUCCAAGCACUGACCCCCAUACGUGACAAUGACAGAGCCCGCGCUCCCCUGAGAGCGCUCUGCCCUCCUGCCUGGGGUUGAUCCCUUGUGUGGCUGCUUAAGACAGGGAUGCCCUGUGGAGUGUGGGAGGGGUGUUGUGUUGGGGAGCGUCACGGUCACUGGGUGGGGUGUUGGGGGGGGAGGGGAGGUGUCGCGGUCACUGGGAGGUAUUGAGGGUGAUGUGUGUGUGUGUUAGAGUUGCAAGGCACUGAGGGGUGUGUGUGUUAGACACUGGGAGGUAUUGAGGGGUGUGUAUGUCACAGGUGCUGGGAGGUAUGGAGGUUGUCACAGUCGCUGCGAGGCACUGAGGUGUGUGUGUGUGUGACAAUCAUUAGGAGGUGUGCUAGGAGACAAGGGGGUGUCAGUCUCAAAAGGGCACCGAGGCCUACAGGACUUUGUUUUUUCCCAGCUGUAGAGGGCACUGGGCAGGGGGUGGGGAGGUCCCUCUGCUCCGCCUCUUGUUUUGGCAUCACCAUCUGCCCUGGACAUGGCUUCUUCCUGGCAUCACCAGCUGCCCAGUCUGAGAGCCGCAUGCCAGGGCGUUUGCUGUCCUAGCUCCCCUUCCGCUGGCUGGCAGCUGGUCACUGCCCUCCUUUAACCCCACUUGUGAAAUCACGAUUUGGUGUCACAUGGCCACGCUGGCUACCCCCAGUGGGCUGGGAGGCCUGGGGUUGGGGUUUAUCUAAGAC